GUGUGAUCUGGAAAGCUUAUAAAAGCCUGAUGUAAUUCUUAAUGCAGCCCCUGGCUACAAGGACUGGAUCUAGAUUCACAGUGUAGCAAAAAAAAAAAAAAGGAAAAUACCAGAGACAAGGCAAAUACACAGCAGCGGAUCUUAAGCGAACAAACAUCUCUCGGGGAAGCCAAUUUUUUGUCUUGUCGAAGAGCUUCGUUGACUCUAUGUGAAGAAGACUUUGUAUCAUUGGAUGGAAUCAUUUCUUUGGCUUUUCUUUCAGCUGGGGAUUUGCACCUGAUUAUAUCUGUCACCAACGGCUCUUCUUCUUCUUUUCCUUGUGAGGAACAAGUUAAGGCAUUAAGGCAAAGCUGCCUUGGGUGGAAGACUUUACACAAAUUGGUCAUUGUGGUGGCGAGGAUAUGGCUUGUACUGGGCUACUUACUUAAUACCUGGAAUUUGCUUUGGAAGAAGAAGAAGGAGAGGGAUUUCAAAUCUAAGAGAAUCCAAGAUUCCGCUGAGCGGCCGCCAGGAGGCGCCUGAGACAAGGAGACCAAGGCUGGAUUGAUUUCCCUCAAGCCUCAUAAAACUGCUCCAGCUCCUGCUCCACCUGUUAUGUCCGAGAUCUGGCCCCUGCCUGACAAUUACUUGGAAUUCCAAAGGAGCCGAGACCUAGGAUGAGGAGCCCUGGGACCCCCCACAACUUGCUUUUCAUAUUGCCACUUUUCCUGCUCUCCCCGGCCGCCGCCAGCCUCGACUUGGGACUCCAUUCUUGUACGACGCAAGUCCAAGGGGAAUUCUACGGAUAUUUCUCUUCCUUGUCUCUCUUCCCUUUGAACGAUUCUUUGUGCGCUUGGAUUAUCCAGAACCCGGACCCCAGGAGAUACACCCUGUACGUGAAGGUGUCUAAGCCGGCGGGUAUAUGCGACCACCAGCAGAUCCGCACCUCGCAGUUUGACUCUUUCCUGGAGUCCACGCGGACGUACUUGGGGAUGGAGAGUUUCGACGAUGUCCUGAAACUGUGCGACAGCUCGGUCCAGUACGCCUUCCUGCAGUCCACCAAGCAGUUCCUGCAGAUGCGGCAGACCCUCCCCAGGAAGGAAGACCCCCAGCUCCAAUGGAAGACGUCCCGACCGCAGGAGACGGAUUUUUCCCUGGAAUAUCUGGUCUUGGGGAACAGGAACCCCCGGAAGGCUGCCUGCCAGAUGCUGUGCAAGUGGCUGGACACCUGCCUGAGCAGCAGCAGCAGCUUCCACCCCUGCGGGAUCAUGCAGACGCCCUGCUCCUGCCACGACGGGGACGUCCAGUCCGGCAGCGACCCGCCGGGGACCGCCAAGAAGAGGGGCGACUGCUACAAGGACGGGAUCUACCUGGAAAACUGCAUGAGCAGCUCCAGGGACAGCAGUGCCGGGGAGUUCCAAGGUGGAUGGACGGGGUGGACAACUUGGGGCGAUUGUAACAGGGACUGUGGCGGUGGGCUGCAAACCAGAACCAGAACCUGUCAGUCUCUUCCAGAUGAAAGCCACAUUUGUGAAGGGGUUUUAGAAGAAGGACGGCUCUGCAACAGAAAGGCAUGUAACGCCAAUGGACAGUACGACUCCCGGAGCCAGUCUCUGAGAUCCAUAGACAACAAGAAGAAGGAUGAUGCCGAUGACCAGUACCAGUUUGGAUAUCCUGCUCCACAAAUAGGAGACCCAGCGGCUGAGGAGUGGUCGCCCUGGAGCGUGUGUUCCACCACCUGCGGGGAGGGAAUGAAGUCCAGGACCAGAUUCUGUGUCUCUUCCUCGUACAGCACGCACUGCAGCGGGCCCCUGAAGGAGCACAAGCCAUGCAACAACUCAGCCGUGUGUCCAGUGCACGGUACCUGGGACGAGUGGUCCCCGUGGAGUCUCUGCUCAUCAACCUGCGGAAGGGGCUACAGAGAGAGGACCCGGACCUGCAACCCGCCCCAGUUUGGGGGUGAACAGUGCAAAGGACCAGAGAAGCAAACCAAGUUCUGUAACAUCGCCUUGUGUCCAGUUGAUGGGAACUGGAAUGAGUGGUCCAGCUGGAGUGCCUGCUCCACCACUUGCUCCAAUGGGACUCAAAAGAGGAUUCGGGAGUGUAAUGGACCGUCCUACGGCGGCUCGGAGUGUCACGGGACGUGGUCGGACACCAAGGACUGCUUCCUGUCACAGUGUCCAGUUGACGGCGAGUGGCAGCCCUGGGGACAGUGGGGGGGCUGCAGCACCACCUGUGACGGAGGGGCGCAGAGGAGGGAACGCUCCUGCUCCGGACCAUUUCAUGGAGGGGAAGACUGCGCCGGACCGUCCGAGGAAAGCAAGCCGUGCAAUGAGAAGAAGUGUCCGGAGCCUCAUGAGAUUUGUCCCGAGGAAAAUUACGCGGCUGUUGUUUGGCAAGAAACCCCAGCGGGAGAUACGGCCGAGGUUCGGUGCCCUCGAAAUGCCACAGGACUGAUUCUCCGAAAGUGCGUUCUGGACGAGGUGGGAGACGCGUACUGGGAGGCGCCGACGUACAUCAAAUGUGUCUCCCUUGACUACAGGAACAUUCAACAGAUGAUCAAGGAGCACCUCUCCAAGGCGCAGAGGGGGCAGAAGGGGGAAGGCGUUUCGGCCGUGCUGCAGACUCUGGUGGACGCCACGCAGGAUGGUGCCAGCUAUAGUGGAGACAUCUUAUCCAUUGUGGACAGCCUGAGGAACAUGACUGAGAUCUUCCGACGGCCGUACCACAACCCGACAUCCAACGACGUCCAGAACGUCGUGCAGAUCAUCAGCAACUUACUGACCGACGAAAACCGGGACAAGUGGGACGAAGCCCAGAUGAUGGGCCUGAGUGUGAAAGAUCUCUUCAGACUGGUGGAAGACUUCAUAGAUGUCAUCGGAUUCCGGAUGAAGGAUUUCAAGGACUCGUACCAAGUGACGGACAAUCUGGUUUUAAGCAUCUACAAGCGUCCAGCAAAUGGCCAGACGGACAUCAGCUUCCCGAUGAAAGGCUGGAGGGGAAUGGUGGAGUGGGCACGUAACUCUGAAGAUAAAGUCUCAGUAUCGAAAAGUCUCCUGUCUUCAGAAGACUCAGAUACGGAUGACUCUUCCAUGUUUGUUAUCGGGACUGUGCUCUACAGGAACCUGGGCGGCUUUCUCAACCUGCAACGAAACACAACCAUCCUGAACUCUAAGAUCGUCUCGGUGACUGUGAAGCCUCCUCCACGUGCCGUCUCUGUCCCCCUGGACAUUGAGUUCUCUCAUCUCUACAAUGGAACAACCAACCACACUUGUAUCAUCUGGGACGAAACGGAUACAUCCUCUAAUCUUGGUGCCUGGUCCUUGAGAGGCUGCCGUACGGUCCCCGUGGAUUCAUUCCAUACUAAAUGCUCCUGUGAUCGCUUAUCAAGCUUCGCCAUUUUAUCCCAGCUCAGUUCAGACAUGAAUAUGGAAAAGGUCCUCGUCCCGUCAGUCACCCUGAUCGUCGGCUGUGGCGUCUCCUCCCUCACGCUUCUGCUGCUGAUCAUCAUCUACGUCUCCGUCUGGAGGUACAUUCGGUCUGAGCGCUCGGUCAUCCUGAUCAACUUCUGUUUGUCCAUCAUCUCUUCAAACGCCUUAAUACUCGUGGGACAGACACAGACCCGGAACAAGGUCAUCUGCACACUGGUGGCGGCCUUCCUGCACUUCUUCUUCCUGUCUUCAUUCUGCUGGGUGCUGACAGAGGCAUGGCAGUCUUAUAUGGCGGUAACAGGGCGGCUCCGGAACAGGAUCAUCCGCAAGCGUUUCCUCUGUCUCGGAUGGGGUCUCCCAGCUUUGGUGGUGGCGAUAUCUGUUGGAUUUACGAAGGCGAAGGGCUAUGGAUCGGCCAAUUAUUGCUGGCUGUCUCUGGAAGGAGGUCUCCUCUACGCAUUUGUGGGCCCGGCUGCUGCUGUCGUUUUGGUCAAUAUGGUUAUUGGAAUUCUGGUGUUUAAUAAACUUGUCUCAAAAGAUGGCAUAACCGACAAGAAGCUCAAGGAGCGGGCCGGUCAGAUGACAAUGCCCCUAUAUGGCAUGACCCUCAAAUGUUCCAAGUGUGGCGUAGUCUCCUCAGCAGAAGUAUCGGCCACAGCCACCAGUAACGCCAUGGCAUCAUUGUGGAGCUCCUGUGUUGUUCUGCCCCUCUUGGCAUUGACCUGGAUGUCCGCAGUCCUGGCCAUCACGGACCGACGCUCAGCCCUCUUCCAAAUCUUGUUUGCUGUUUUUGACUCGUUGGAAGGUUUUGUCAUUGUCAUGGUUCAUUGUAUCUUGAGAAGAGAGGUCCAAGAUGCCGUGAAAUGCCGUGUUGUUGACCGACAAGAAGAAGGCAAUGGAGACUCGGGUGGUUCCUUUCAGAACGGGCAUGCUCAGUUAAUGCUUGAAGAAGCGAACAACCCGUACAUCUGCACUGCAAUGGUUGGACUGAAAGAUAAAAAGUCUGACUUUGAGAAGGAUGUUGAUCUGGCGUGCCGCUCAGCUAUCAAUAAGGACCUCUCAGCCUGUAGAACAUCCACCAUCACAGGAACUCUGAAAAGACCAUCUCUGCAGGAUGAAGAAAAGAUGAAGAUGAACCAUCAAAAGGGAUCAAAUUUCAAUAGUCUUCCAGCUAACGUGUCCAAAAUGCACCUUCAAGGAUCGCCACACUACCUGGGAACCAUUGGUCUCAACGAGUAUAAUAAUCAUACGCUUACCCUAAAAAAGGACAAAAACCAGCCCCCUAAACCCAUAUACAUGUGUGAAGGAGAUAUCUUCAAAAAGUUGGACUCAGAGCUGACCAGAGCCCAGGAGCAGUCAAUGGACACCAGUUAUGUUAUUCUGCCCGGUAAUACGGCCACUCUCAGGGCAAAGCCAAAAGAGGACAGUAAGUACAGCAUGAACAUUGACCAGAUGCCACAGACCAGGCUCAUACAUUUAAACAUGGCAGAUCCCAGCUACAUGGUGAGGAGUCCUCCAAGGGAACGCAUUGGCAUGAAAUGCGUGGAGCAAGGGUCACCGAUGCAACAGCUGCAUCCCAGCGAGUCACAAAUACCAGUUGGCCUUUGUGAAAAGGCAGAGUUGGUAACAUCAGGGAUUGUCCCAAAAAGUGAGACUAUCGCUACACUCUCAAUGAGUUCCUUAGAGAGAAGAAAAUCUCGGUAUGCAGAAUUAGACUUCGAGAAAAUUAUGCACACCAGAAAACGCCACCAAGAUAUGUUCCAAGACUUAAACCGAAAGCUCCAGCAUUCAGAGAAAGAAAAGGAGUCACCAACAGCAGAGAGUAUGAUAGAAAAACAACAGACGCCUAGCAAGAGGUCUUGGGAAGGAAUGAGGAAGCUUCAGUCGCCACCAUCUUGGGUUAAAAAGGACAUGGAGCCUGUAUCCCCUUCUCCCUUAGAACUAAAGACUGUGGAAUGGGAGAAAACGGGUGCAACGAUACCACUUGUUGGACAAGACAUAAUUGACCUUCAGACUGAGGUCUGAAGCUUACAAGAAAGACUUAUUUUUAUUUUUAAAGAAUAUGAUUCCAUAUAAAACGGAGAGAUGUUUGGUUUCUUUUGAAACCUUGUUAAAGUACUUUUUUGCAUUGUUCUCAGAAGGGAAAAUCCGUUAGACUCUUAGAGGUAGACGCAACGUGCUCUCUCCCAGGUAUGGCAGAAAAGAAGUCGUAAGUGAGAGGUCAGACCAUAACAGUAAACAAAUGGAAAUCAACGUCAAAAGAGUCAUCGGCCUUCAAGUGGAGAUUACUCUGAGGAAGUCAUUGAGACUGGCUGGCGAUACUUCUCGAUGACACUUAGACCAACUUAAUAGAUAAUUAACAAUGAUAAAGUACUCUGGUGUAUUAUAUACAAGCUCCGGGGCCAGCUUUUAUAGAUUCAAACCUAAUUCUUCAGUGAUGUAAUACCUUGCUUGAUAUCUCCAUUCAGUAUUGUUAGGUUCAGUCCAACAAUGUCUGCCAGAGCUGGCCCAGCUCAGUGGGUAGUAGCCAAAGCAAAUUCCGGUCAGUCUUGACUAGAGUAGGUAGAACCAAAUGAAAUUAACCCCAGCAGAGUGUUAUAGAGUGAGUGAAGAUUAUAUAUUGAGUGGAAGUCCUUGACUGUUAAAGAAAACCCUAUAGGAAUACCUUCUGAUUGCCCAAUCUUCAUCUUCUGCUCAGUCAAGCAGGCAUUUUGGUAUAUGAAGAGAAAUGUUAAUAUAUCUAGUUUUGUAAAAUGGCUUGUGGGACUUGACAGACUGCAUAGAAACAUUAGCUAUGAAGAUCCAAUAAAGUGUUCCCAAACUUUAGAGCACUUGUUUCUUUUGCUCUUCUCCUUUUCGAGAAUCUUUGCCUUUUGACCCAAGAAUCCAGAACUGCUACAUGUACCCAGAAGUUUUCUCUCGGUGGCCAUCAGGUUUCCUAAGACGACUCUCGGAAGCCACUUUGAUUCCAUGUAGCGCUCUUCGAAAGUUUCCAGAGCAGAGGUGGAAUCUGAGACCACGAUGGCUUCUCCCAGGGCUUUGACAAAUGGGAAAAGAUGCAUCAAUGAAUCUUAAAGCAAGUUGCUUGAUAUGCAAGCUUUUUUUUUUUUUUUUGGCGCCUGUGUUAUUAUUUUUUUGUUUUGUUUAAAUGACAUUUUCUCUUGUCAUUAACUGUAUAUUAAAUCAAUAAAUGUUAAAAAAAAAUUAAAAAAAUCCAAAAUAGUAAAUAAAAGAGAUAAAAGAUUACUUAAAACUGUGAUGUAAUUGUCAGAUUUUAGAUUAUAUAUAAGAAGAGAAAGCACAAGGCCUACGGUGCCGUGUUGUAUAAUAUUGUAAUUAUUAUAAUUACACAUAAUGAAUUUUACCAUAUAAAUAUCUUUAUACUGUGUUUUAAUUUUUUAACACUCACCCCCUUCCCCCAGGUCAUCAAGUCUCCCAGCAUUAGCAGUAUUAUGUAAUAACUUUCCUAUGUGUUCGUUUUAAUAAGAGGUUUCUUAUUUUUAUUUCCUUUUCUUGUUUUAAAUUUUUUUAUGUUGAAUUUUUUUUGCCCUCUGCUUGUUUUUUUAUUUU